CCACUUUCCCUCCUCUUCCUCCCUCAGUCCUCCUCCUACCCUCAUCCCUCUCUUCAUUCACGCGCCGUGCGUAAAUCGCUUCACUCCAGUGUCCAGAGCGCACAGAGCGAGGACACGGAGGUGGAGGACCUGUCUCCUCUUCUGUCUCUGGACUGUUUCGCUGUUUCUCCGCAGCUUCGGGAUUCCUCGGCUCCCUCCGUCAGCGGGGACAAGGACAGCCCACCCAGGCGCUGUGGCACGCGUGCGGCGGCGUGGAUGUCAGCGCGCGCGGAACUGCUGUGGACAAUUUAUUAUUUCCUGGAUCACAGACACACACACACACACUGGAGGCUCCGCGUGGAUUGUAGUCUUUAUGGCUCUGCGCGGGGACAGAGGACAGCCGCGAGACCAGCAGCUCCGUGGAGAGGUUAGCGAGUGUGAAAUGACAGCAGUGCUAGUGCACAUGUGAUCGGACAUGGAGGCGUUCACCACAGCUAACCAAACGCAGGACGGACCCCGCCUCCGGCUCCCAUCCACCGUCAAACCCGGUAGCUACGGUUACCGAGACUAUGACCGCGACGCCGGCGCCCUCCCGCCAUCGUUGCCGGAGGAUCCGAUCAGACUGCUGAGCGUGCAGGUGGUGUUGAUCCUGGCUUACAGCACCAUCAUCGUGCUGGGGGUUCUGGGAAACUCUCUCGUUAUUUACGUCAUCUAUCGCUUUAAGACUCUGCGAACUGUCACCAACUUCUUUAUCGCUAACCUGGCUGUGGCUGACCUCCUGGUCAACACGCUGUGUCUCCCGUUCACGCUCGUCUACACGCUGCAGGGGGAGUGGAAGUUUGGGAGCGCGCUCUGUUUCCUGUUGCCGUACGCGCAGGGACUCGCCGUGCACGUUUCCACGGUGACGCUCAACGUCAUCGCCCUGGACAGACACAGGUGUAUCGUGUAUCACCUGGAGACCAGGAUGCGUAAGGACGUGUGUUUCGGUGUCAUCGCUCUGACCUGGGUCCUCAGCGCCGUCCUCGCCAGUCCUCUGGCCAUUUUCAGAGAAUACGGAUCCUUCACUCUGGAGCCUGGACACAGUAUACAGGUGUGUACAGAGAAGUGGCCGGGUAAAAGCACUGACGGAACCUUCUACAGCAUCUCCAUGUUGAUCCUUCAGUACUUCCUGCCGCUCUCCAUCAUCUCCUUCGCGUACGCGCGGAUCUGGUCCAAACUGCGCGGACACGUCAGCCCGGCGGAGAACGCCGGCAGCGGCGCCGCCAGCUCCGAGCGCCACCGCCGGCGCCGCAAGACCACGAAGAUGCUGGUGACGAUGGUGGUGGUGUUCGCCGUCAGCUGGCUGCCGUUCCACGCCUUCCAGCUCGCCACCGACAUCGACAGCGCGGUGCUGGACAUGCGCGACUUCCGCCUGCUCUACACCGUCUUCCACGUGGUCGCCAUGUGCUCCACCUUCGCCAACCCGCUCCUCUACGGCUGGAUGAACCGCAACUACCGCGCCGCCUUCCUCGCCGUCUUCAAGUGCCGCCGCGCGGGGGAGCGAGGGCGGAGCGGCCGGCUGGACAGCAUCCACCCCGUCAGAGGAGGAGGAGGAGGAGGAGGAGGGAGAGCGAAGAAGAUAGUGCUGGAAACACAGGACGUCGUGUCCACGCGCCUGAAUGCCACCGACGUGUGAGGAGGAGAGCGGAAGAGUGAGAGUCACACGACGAUGGACGCAAAGAAAAGAAGAAAGAAAGAACAAACGGCAUCAGAGUGAAAAUAGAAACGACGCCAACAGGGAUUGACGAGGUUUUAGAACUCUAAAAAUAGACGAGUGGGGAUUAGAAGACGAACAACAGAAGUUCUGCUCGACCAAUCACAGUCCGCGACCUCGUCUCACUCUUCAAAGACCUUUUUUUUUCUUUCCUCGCUGCGGAUAUUUUCUGCUUCUUUCCGGGAAAAAUCAAAAGGGAAACUUUCAGAAUCAUCUCCUCGAUUCAAAACUGAUUCAAGAACUUGAGGACUCGAGGAUUUAAAGAGACAAUGAAGACGCUCAGACCAAUCCAGAACAGUCUGGAUUUAAAGACUUUUGUUGAGGAAGAAGAGGAGGAGGAGGAAGAGGAGGCUGCUGCAUGUUCCUGUGAAAACACUCAUGAAUGUUUGAGAAAAAAACAAAAAGUUUAUUUUCUCUCUUUGUUGUUUCUUGUUUUUCUCUGUGUUGUCGUCACGUCAGCAGGUUUCUGCUCACAGAGGACGAGUCGGUGUUUCUGAAAAUAACCGCGAGCUAUCACUGAUUUAAAUGUUGAUGUCGAGCGCAGGAUUCUCCAGUUUAAUAAAAAAAAAAAUCUAUGUCAGUUUAAGUCUACGAUGUCUUAAG